UGUUAUUUAGUGGCCGAUUUUUCAUCUACAAAUAAAGUCUCUCUCUUUUCUUUUCUGGAGGAGCCGGGUGAUUUCUUUUCCUUUGUUUGUUAAUAAAAAAAUUUGUAAGAAAAAAUAAGAAAAUUAACGGCUGUUAGAUAAUUGAUCCUAUAAUCCAACAGGUGACUAUAAAACACAGCAUAGCCUGCUUUAAAAUUAUUCACAGCAGAGCCCCCAUCCGAUGCGGCAUAGUUACAGAUUGAUUGUGUUGUCCAUCGAUUCAUACAAUAGACUUCAAUUUUGAGGUCCCACGGGCCACGACACCGCCAAUCGCCGCCGCCGCAAAAGAUACGCCGCCAAUCGUAUCCCACCGCCGUCGCUACCCUGAUACAAUCUCGGUGUGUAUUCUCUAAUCGGUAAGUGAAAAAGGGGGAAAAGAAUCCAUUUUAAAAUCAGCGAUCUUGCGCCUGGGAUGCAAAACUCUCGUUAUUAAUCGUUUUUUCAGUUAGCUUGCACUUCCCACAGUAUGCUACCAUGGUUAACUUCUGAAAUUUCGCUCUGGUUCCUUUUGUUCUGAUAAAUUUGACAUGGCGUAUCAAGGAAAAAUGAUAGAGGGCGCUCGUCUCCGGCUGAAGGGGUGGCAGAAAGCCGCCGUUGCAGUUGGAUCAGCUGUUGGGGCAUUAUUGGACCCACGAAGAGCCGACUUGAUUGCUGCUCUUGGGGAGACAACGGGAAAACCUGCAUUCGAAAGGGUGCUUGAGAGGAUGAAGAAGAGUCCAGAAGGCAGGGCAAUAUUACUGGAACGCCCUCGUGUUGUCUCUGCCAGCGUGGGCCACGCGUGGGACCUCCCACCCAACACUUUUGGUGCCGCCUACGCAAACUUCAUGGGAUCCAGAAACUUCUCCCCAGAUGACAGGCCGCCAGUUCGUUUUAUGGAAACGGAAGAAAUAGCUUAUGUUGCCACACGAGCACGUGAGGUGCACGACUUUUGGCACACCCUUUUCGGGCUACCUACAAAUUUGAUAGGCGAGUCUGCCUUGAAGGUCAUAGAAUUUGAGCAGAUGCUACUUCCCAUGUGCGCCCUAUCUGUUGUGGGGGGUAGCGUGAGAUUUAGCGAGAAGCAGAGGAAUUUGUUCUAUCAGCAUUACUUUCCUUGGGCUCUUAAAGCUGGUGUGCGGUGUACAGACUUGAUGUGCGUGUAUUAUGAGCGGCAUUUUCACGAGGAUUUGGAGGAUGUUCGUCGAAAAUUGGGGAUUAUUCCCGCUCCUUCACUGCCACCUCAUUUACGGGUGGCCUGAGAGAGAGAGAGGUGUGUGUUUUAGGGUGUUAUGGAGCUUUCUUUUGGGAAUUGUGCAUGUUAGCUUUAAAACUCUGCACCUCACAGAUUGUUGUGUUGUGUUGAAAGAGAAUGGGUUUGCGAAAUUUAACUUAAAGUUGAAAGAGAAUUGAAUUGUUGUGAUUAUGCUGAAAGUGAUUAGUGUUUUUUGUAAUCAUUUUGGCAAGAUGGUUUCAAUAUAUGAUGAAAAAGAUCAGUUUUGUGGCUAGUCAGAUGAC